GCCAAUUAGGUAGUUGUUUUAUCGCGUUGAAUGAUGUAUGACGAAGAAAGUAAAACGCUGUGGUGUGGGAACUUGUCAGAUCAAGUCACUGAGGAGAUUUUAUACGAGUUGUUUCUGCAGGCUGGACCCCUGGAGCAAGUGAGGAUAGCGAAAGAUAGAGAUGGUCGGCAGAAGAAUUUUGCAUUUAUUACCUACCGGCACGCGGUUUCGGUACCGUACGCAAUCUUCAUAUUCAAAGGUACAGCUCUUUUUCAUAAGACACUGAACUUGCAAUGUCGUGGGCGUAUGGUGCCUUUGCCGCCGCCAAUUCGAUGUUACGGGCCGGAGACGCCACAGGAAUUUGUGCCUAGUGGAAAUGAGAUACGUUCCCAAUUCGCUGACAUGGCAUCGAGGCUGGAAGGCGAGGACUUGACAACGGUGCGACGGCCUCGAGAGCAGGACCGAGAUGCCUUAGUAAUGGCCAGUUUACAGGGCAAUUGGCAUAAUAGGCAUCACCCAUAUAGACACAAUGACUUAAGACCUAGAGAAAGAGACCAUAGAGAGAGGGAUAGAGACAACAGAGCCUCAAACCACUGGAGAGAUAGGAGGAACCAUAGAAGAGGCAAUUACCACCGGCGAGACUAAAUAGCUUUAGUUCUUUUGAGAUUUUUCAAUGACAGAAUGUUGCAUAUUCUCGCAUUUCAGCUGGUAUCUCUUAAGAACAAAAUUAAUUGGAUACUAAUAAGCAAUACCGUGUCGACCAACAUGAUCAGAGUUUUGCGAACAUGGCACCUUAACAUUUUUUUCAUUGUUUUUUAUAUUUUGUUCUAAAAUUUACUUAUAAAUUGAAAACUUUUGCUGUUGUGCUUGUUGUUGCUGGGAAAUUAUAGUAAUAAAUCACAACUGUUCUUCAUUCCCGAGGUGACAACCCAAAAGUUUUAAUUUUACAAGUAAAUUUGACAUCAACCUCAAAUACAACAAAAAGUCUAUGUGCCAUUUUCGCAAGACUAUGUUCAUAUUGUUGACACAUUAUUGUUUAUCAGUGUCCAACACAAUACAUUUAAGAUGUUACAUUUUUCAAAAGUAAAAUAAAGCAAUGAGCUUAUUCCAUCUUCACUUUCCUUGUUAAUUGUCCCCUUUAAUAAGAACUGUGGACUUCCGGUUGGGAACUGCAAGAGGCUGUUUGUGUUUUGGCGAAUUUCCAUUUUUAUAUCCCCUGUUGACCUAUCUUAUGUGUUUAGUUAACUGGUUUGUGGUUAUUAUACAUUAUAUUGGUAAAUCAACAGCUCCGCAGCAUCAAAAUUUAAUUUCUAUGUAUUAAAACUUGCAUUUCUCACAUUGUCCUCCCACAAGACUCG